AUGGAUACAGUAGUUUAUACAAACUUAAACUGGGGAAUAAUGUUCCUCAUUCAGACCACUGCUGGAAUCCUAGGCAACUCCUUUCUCUUUCAUAUGUAUAACUUCCCAUUUUUCACUACACAAAUGGUGAGACCCACAAACUUGAUUAUCAAUCAGCUCAUCAUAUCAAACCACCUGGUCCUUCUCUCCAAAGGGAUCCCUCAGACAGUGACCACUUUGGGGUUGACAUCUUUCCUGGAAGAUGCUGGGUGCAAAUUUGUUCUCUGUUUGUACAGAGUGGCCAGAGGUGUCUCCCUCAGUACCACCUCCCUCCUCAGUGGCUUUCAGGCCAUUAAGCUUCACCCCAAUACUUCUGAGUGGCUGAGUCUUAGAAUUAGAUCCUCAAAGUGGAUUGGCACCUGCUGUUUCCUUUGCUGGAUGCUGCAGCUCAUGCUCAAUAUACAUGUAACCAUUAUUGCAAAUGCCCCACAGAAUACGAAAAACCUGACUUCCAAAGGAAUCCAGAGAUACUGUUACUCCACCACCCCUCAGAGAUUUGUUUUUGUACUAAUAGCAAUGAUAAUAACCCUAAGUGAUACAAUAUGUCUGAUCAUCAUGGCCUUGGCCAGUGGCUCCAUGGUCCUUGUCCUACGCAAGCAUAAGCAGCAAGUCCAGUACAUCCAUAGACACAGCCUGUCCCCAAAGCCUGCACAUGAGAACAGAGCCACGCGGACUAUCCUGAUCCUAGUGACCAUGUUUCUCUCCUUUUACCCUGUAGCUGCCAUCUUAUCACUUUGCAUAACACAGACUGUGAAUCCAAGCCAUUGGCUGAUUACCAUGUCUGUGCUGAUUUCCCUGGCCUUCCCAACACUCAGUCCCUUUGUGCUGAAUUUCACCAAAACUUGUGCCCCUCAGUUCUGUUCUUUUGGUCAAAGAAAAUGA